GCAUAUAAAAGCGGCUGUCUGCACACCCAGCCAGCAGAAGCUCCCUCAGCGAGGACAUCUGGGGCCCAGCCAGGAGGGAGACAAGCAACUCCAGAGCCCCUGGGAAUAGCCCUCAGAGCCAUACCCCCAGACAAACAGCCAGGCAGGCUGUCUCCCUCUCACACACACUGCCCGGGCGACAGCGGCUCCCUCUGGAAAGGACAGCAUGAGCACCGAGAGCAUGAUCCGGGAUGUAGAGCUGGCUGAAGAGGCGCUUCCCAAGAAGGCAGAGGGGCCCCAGGGCUCCAGGCGCUGCGCGUGCCUCAGCCUCUUCUCCUUCCUGCUUGUGGCAGGAGCCACCAUGCUCUUCUGCCUGCUGCACUUCGGGGUGAUCGGCCCCCAGAGGGAAGAGCAGUUCCCUGGUGGCCUCCAUCUCGUCAACGGCAGCCCUCUGGCCCAGACACUCAGUAAGUGCCUCUUGAGUCUAGGUUGGGUUGGGGGAGAAGUUAGUCCUGGGAUGGAAGCAAUGGGGGAAUUUAGAGUUUUGGUUUUGGGGAGGAGGAACGAAGGUGAAAGUACAAGAAUAUCGUCUAGGAAGUUUAAGGGUCUCAGCCUUUUCUUUCCUCUUUCCUCUUUCCUUCUCAGGAUCAUCCUCCCGAACCCCAAGCGACAAGCCUGUAGCCCAUGUUGUAGCAAACCCCCAAGCGGAGGCACAGCUGCAGUGGAUAAGUGGGCGUGCCAAUGCCCUCCUGGCCAACGGCGUGCAGCUGGCAGACAACCAGCUGGUGGUGCCGUCCGGCGGGCUGUACCUCAUCUACUCCCAGGUCCUCUUCAAGGGCCAAGGCUGCCCUUCCACCCACGUGCUCCUCACCCACACCAUCAGCCGCGUUGCCAUCUCCUACCAGACCAAGGUCAACCUCCUCUCUGCCAUCAAGAGCCCCUGCCAUAGGGAGACCUCAGAGGAGGCUGAGGCCAAGCCCUGGUAUGAGCCCAUCUACCUGGGAGGGGUCUUCCAGCUGGAGAGGGGCGACAGGCUCAGCGCUGAGAUCAAUUUACCUGACUACCUCGACUUUGCCGAGUCCGGGCAGGUCUACUUUGGGAUCAUUGCCCUGUGAAGGAGACGGAUGUCCAUCCUUCCCCAACACCUCACCCCCUCCAAUUUCUUUAUUUGCCACUCCUUCAAGACCCCCUCAUCCUCUUCUGGCUUAGAAAGGGAAUUAAGGGCUCAGGGUCAGACCUCAAGCUUAGAACUUUGAAUACCACUACCACCACUUAGAAACCUAGAAGGCAGGCAUGGGUGGUCUGGACAAUGGAGCAUUGGCCACCACCAAGAAUUCAAACUGGAGCUUCCAGAACUCACUAGGCACCUAAGAUUUUGAUCCCUGAAUUCAACCUGGGAUAUCUGGAAUCUGGGGACCAGGAAGCCUUUGAUUCUGGUCAGGACACUUUAGAGCAUCCCUUGAGAAGACCUCACCUUGAAGUUGACAUGAGUGGACCUCAAGCCUUUCUCUCUUCAGAUGUUUCCAGACUCUUCUCUGAGAUAUGGAGCCAAGCCCUCCUCGUGGGGCCAGCCCCCUCUAUUUAUAUUUGCACUUGCGAUUAUUUAUUAUUUAUUUUUUAUUUAUUUAUUUACUGAUUAAUUAUUUAUUUGGGAGGCCAGAGUAUUCUGGGGGACCCAAUGUAGAAGCUGCCUUGACUCAGACAUGUUUUCUGUGAAAACAGAGCUGAUCUAUAGGCUGUUCCCACCUGGCCUCCUGGCCUCUGUGCCUCCUUUUGCUUGUGUUUUAAAAACAUAUUUAUCUGAUCCAGUUGUCUAAAUAAUGCUGAUUUGGUGACCAACUGUCACUACAUCGAUAAAUUUCUGCUCCCCAGGGGAGUCCUGUCUGUAAUCGCCCUACUGGUCAGUGGCGAGAAAUAAAAGUUUGCUUAGAAAAGAAA